CCGUUGCCGCAGUCCUGCGCACACACUGCCGGCUCGGUGGAAACCGAUUCAGUACGCCAUAACCCGUCCGGCCGUUCUCGUGGUCCGCGCGCUCGCCGCACACACUGCUCGUCACACACGUCACACGUACCUCGAGGAAAAGUUAUUGAGUUUUCUUGCGGAAAUAUUGUCGUGUGUUUUUUGGUGCUGACCGAUAAGACACUUGUGUUGUUCUGUUCGCCGGUCGGUUAUCACUCGAAUUGCACCUUUGAGUUCGCCAACAAACUUAUUAUCCUUCGGGACUGCAUUUUGACGUUAUAAUAUUUUUUCGGAUGACAUGUUGACAUGAUCGCGCACUCAGCUGGCUGCCUACACCUGUCGUCUGUUUUAGUAUGUCUUCUUCGUCUGGUAUCGCCGAACCGGACACAAUGAUUCAGGAUAGUGUUGCCGUGGCGUCUUACGCUCCGUCCAGCUUCUCGUUGAACGAGGAUUUCAAAUUAACUAAUCACAGCAGCGGCGGCGGUAUAGAUUCGCCACACCAUCAGGUUCUCUACAGCAGUCUGAGCAGUUCGCCGUCAUCCGGUUCGCCGUGCACCGUGUACGCCUACCAACCCUACCGGAAUUACGGUGCCAGCCAGUUUCACCAAACGGCCACCGAAAUUCAGCAACAACAAAUCCCCGUGACGCAAAUGGUGGUACCUUCGCCGGCAUCGCUGUCACUCGCGGGCGUCGCCCAAAAGUCUGCCGAAGAUCCGUCGUGUUGGCUGCAGCACAACGGCACCGGUCCGUUCGACCACUCUUCUCACCUACAACCGUCCCACCAACACCACCUUCAGCCUUACGGCCACCAGCAACACGGCCACCAUCAGCAACAGCGACACGAUUUGCCGACCAACGCGAAAAUGACUCAGCAGCAACAAAAGGCCGUUAAAGAGCAGCGCAUCCGAAGACCGAUGAACGCCUUUAUGGUGUGGGCCAAGGUGGAGCGAAAAAAGCUGGCCGACGAAAAUCCGGACUUGCACAAUGCAGAUUUGAGCAAAAUGCUCGGGAAAAAAUGGAGAAGUUUAACACCACAGGACCGUCGACCAUUUGUGGAGGAAGCUGAACGUUUGCGAGUGAUUCACAUGCAAGAGCAUCCUAACUAUAAAUAUCGACCACGACGGAGGAAACAUAAUAAACAGAGAGCAGGAUCUCCCACUUUAGCCACUUCUGCAGCCGCCAGCCAAUCUCCAAACUCUAGGCGCCCCAACUCUGUGGGCCAGGUGAAGCUGGUGCAGUACCCACCCAGCUCACCAUAUCAGAGUUCUUCGUAUUCAUCGCCGGCCAUGCACCAGCCGUACGCAUAUCAACCCUACAGUCCGUCUAAAACCACGUCCCCUUAUUAUCCUAACAGUGAAAGUCCUUAUUCUCCAGUUAGAGUAUCUGAAGUUAUUACACCUGAGUCGUCACCCACUUGUAGCCCAGAUCCCGAAAAGCCAUCAUUAACGGGAGCCGUAGAAGAAGCCGCUCCAUCAGCGAUUGAUAACAACGGUCGAGCAACUAGUAAGACACCCACACUACCCACGCCCGAACUUUCACCGAUGGAACCACCAUCAAAAGAUCUGCACCAGUACCGUGCCGAAGUCAAGUACGAAACUGACGACUUCGCCGGUUACUAUGGUCAAAAGCAGUCAACCACCAACAGCAAUCAUCACCGUCAAUUCAAUAAUAACAAUAACAACCAGAUACCGUCCUAUCAACCUGUACCAGGUUCUAUAGCUGCCAUGGGAGUAGCUAAAGGUAUGGUUAUGAUGUGCACUAAUCAACGUCUGGCUUACGAAAAUAACAGUAUAGUUACUGGAACGUUUUAUCCACCAAUUGCUACUUCGCAAGAUCAACAGGUAUUAGGUCCCAGUUCUCAACAAAUUCAACAACAACAGCAGCAGCAACAACAACAACAGCAGCAGCAGCAACAACAACAACAACAACCACCACAUUAUGCCAAUAGACCAUUUUAUUCGACAAGUGGAUUACACGCCAGUGGUACUGUUUAUACAAGCAGCAGCCCGUCUACAAUGAGACAGUCGGACGGAUACCAUGUAGUUGGCAACUUGCAGUUACAGGACGAGCAUCACAUGGCACCGUUACAACAAAACAACGACUACCAUCAUAGUAGCAACGGCGAGAUGAUGGAAAUGAGCUUUAUGGGUGGCAGUCACCAUCAGACGCCUUCCGAAUUGCUGCUGGCUAAUCUGCAGCGACCCAGAUCUCAGCAUUCCGAAAUAGAAACGGUGAGUGGCAGUAGCACUGAGAUAGACCGAUAUUUUAAGUACAUGGCUGGCCACCAACAACCAGAUAACAACCACAACUAUCAACAACAACAACACAACAUUUUCGUUCAAUCGUCACCACAACACCACCACCACCACCAUCACCAUCAACAACAGCAGCAACAGUACAACGCUUACUACCCGCCGCCUAUACAACACUUAAACCAUCAACAAACCGGAGUAGAUUCUCACAAUCACGUACAUCACCACGGAUCUUACAUGCUCAAUAAUUGUAUAAAAACAGAAUUCGACGGGUAUUCGACUGUCACUGCCGUAGACGGGAUUGGUGGCCUCCAGCAGCAUUAUCCAGACAUACAAAACCUUCCGGCAACAACAAAUAUGCAAAACGUAGCUGCAGCCGCCGCUGCCGCAGCCGCAGCUGCCGGUCAAGUGUUAACUGGUGGUAAGCCGGAUGAAGACUUCAGCGUUAUAUUGGCAGACGUUAGAAAAACUUGUUACAGCAGCUGAAAUUCCCACGAAAAUUGUUAGGAUUCAGUUUAAAAUUUAUCGACUGUGUCAAAUCAAACAUUUAUCUAGUUAUUUUCUUACAAUGUAAUGUUUUUUUUAUUUAGUUCGAAUAAUAUGUUAUUUUCGACAUGUUUAAACGAACAACAAAACUAUGUUAAACGUACAAGCAUAACGUUUUCCAUUUCUGUGAUUUUUUAUUGUAAUCGUACAUGCAAUGUAAUGGUUAAAGUUAAAUUGGACAAAAUUAAUAAUUUUUAUUUAGUUAGAUAAAAUAAAAACAGGGUUUUAAACAUUGUUUAUAGUUACGAGAUAAAAAAGUAAGAUAAUUACUUAUAUUAUUCAAUGCAAAACUAUACAAAACACUGUGCAAUAAUACGAACUUUUAGUAUAAUGUAACUAUGUUACUAUCGAAUAUUUUUGUUGUAAAUAUAAUCAUAAUUCAUGGAUUUUAUUAUAUAAUUGUACCUAAUGUGCAAAUAAAAUUGUUGGCUUUUGUAAUUAUUUUAUUUCGUUAUUCAUUGUAAAUGUGUUUUUUAUUAUUUAAAUUUGUAAUGCCUAAUUUUUAAAUGAACAUU